GGUCCUAAAUGGGGUAACAGUGCCUCUGAAGGACCAGGUGCACAGCCUGGGAGUCAUUUUGGACUCACAGCUGUCCAAAGGCGCAGGUCAAUUCUGUGUCCAGGGCAGCUGUCUACCAGCUCCAUCUGGUACGCAGGCUGAGACCCUACCUGCCUGCAGACUGUCUCGCCAGAGUGGUGCAUGCACUGGUUAUCUCCCGCUUGGACUACUGCAAUGCGCUCUGUGUGGGGCUACAUUGAAGGUGACCCGGAAACUACAACUAAUCCAGAAUGCGGUAGCUAGACUGGUGACUGGGAGUGGCCGUCAAGACCACAUAACACCGAUCCUGAAAGACCUACACUGCCUCCCAGUACGUUUCCGGGCACAAUUCAAAGUGUUGGUGCUGACCUUUAAAGCCCUAAAUGGCCUCAGCCCAGUAUACCUGAAGGAGUGUCUCCACCCCUAACGUUCUGCCCGGACACUGAGGUCCAGCACUGAGGGCCUUCUGGCAGUUCCCUCACUGCGAGAAGUGAAGCUACAGGGAACUAGGCAGAGGGCCUUCUUGGUAGGGGCACCCACCCUGUGGAAUACCCUCCCACCAGAUGUCAGAGAAAUAAAUAUCUGACUUUUAGAAGAUACCUGAAGGCAGCCCUGUUUAGGGAAGCUUCUAAUAUUUGAUGAAUUAUUGUAUUUUAAUAUUUUGCUAGAGUGGCUGGGGAAACCCAGCAAGAUGCGUGGCGUAUAAAUAAUAAAUUACUAUUAUUACAAUUAUUACAUGUAGCAUUUAGUUUGGCUUUGAGCUUCACAGCUGAGGAGGGAUUUGAACCCAGGUCUCACUGUUUCAGCCUUUGCCAACCUGAUGUGCUGAUUGGACUUGUACUCCAAAACAUCUAUAGUGCACCAGGUUGGCAAAGACUGUUCUAUCUAGUACACAAGACAUUUUCAUUAACUUUGUGGAAUUGAAUUUGCAUAGUGGUUGCAUACAUGGUAGGCUGCAGACUUGCAAGUGGCAUGCUACCUAACUUUAAGAAAUGCCUACAUAGGCUGAGGCGAAAACAGCAUUGCCUAUGACUGGGUUAUUUAUAUACAGUAAAUGGUCAUUAGAAGCUGAUAGAGUUUAAGCAAAACAGAUCAUUCUUGUUAAAUAUAUCCAAAUUCUUAUUCCACACAAUAGUAGAUCUAUUUCACACUUAAUGAAAUGAAGUUCAUAUUCUUUUUUAAUAACAUCCCUUUUAACCAUCUGCAAAUUUUUGUAUAGCUUAACUGUUGCUGUUUUGUGUAUGUGUCUGUUUUAGCAAGAGUUAACUGCCAAGCAGUAUUGAUGUUUACAGUGAACAUGUCCAAACAGCUGGACGGCUAUUUCAUGGGACUCCAGGAAAUUCCAGAUGUCCUUUGUCUUGUGCAGAAAGGCUGUGCUAGGGUUGUUUAAAUCCAUUUGGAAUUUAUCUAGUUAUAUAUACUAGAUCUAUUUAUUGGCACCCCAAAAACAAGUUAACCCUACUUAAAUCCAUUAACCUUGAUCAAUUUUCCAAGUAGCUUAAACAGAGCAGUAUUAAGAUACGAAAAUCACUUGUGGAUUAAAAAAAAUCCUUUUACUGCUCAGAGAGAGGGGAGGGGGGGAGGGAGAGAAUGUCACAUCUGUGGCAUUAUACAGAAAUGAGGGGGAUGUCCAGAAUCUUGAGAAACUUGCAUUUGAAAGUAGCAAAGCAAUUCCGUCUGUUUUGCUGCACUCCCUCCCCCACAAAGCUAUAUGGAUAGAAAUUAUUUCACUCCAACUCCCUAGUGUGGUCGAUGCAUUUGAGCUGCCAUAUGUGGUUGAGUCAUCCUCUUUAAUUGUCUCCUCCCCCUUCCUGUUGAUUCAUUUGGUUUAUUGCUGGGCUAGGAAUGUUGUCCAGUUCACAGGUUAUUACUCCACGUUGAGCUUUCCAAGGAAGAAAAAGAUGUGUAACAGUACAAGAGAUCCUCAGCUUCUUCGGGUCUGAGAGUCACCUGAGCAGAGGAAUGGUUCUGUGGGGUGGAGCUAGACUUGUGUAGCUUGUUUCACAAGGGUGAGAUCUUUGGGAGGAGCUUCCUCCUCAAUUGUAGGCAGAGCCGGAGAGAGUCACAGGGAGGUGCUGAGCUCACCUCUAGAUGCAUUGGUAGCUAGGAGGGGCAGCCAGAGACUCUGAACUGGAGGAGGAAAGGAAAUCGAGCUGAAGAAAAAUAUUGCUCCUUGUGAGUGUUUUCAGUGAAGAAAUUCCUCCAUACCGACUGACCUUUCAGUCUGCCUGCUAUAAUCCUCUGAAGCUGGAAUGCUAUGCUGAGCUGAUUAGAGAAUUCCACUACACAGAGAUAGUCUAGCCUUGCCAGGUAGUGGGGCUGAUCUUUUCAUUCCUGGCCUGCAACAGUGGAGGAAAAAGUGUCAAAAAAACACGGCAAGCUUAUUACUUUCCUGCGCACAUUCAUGAAGUCUCGGCCAACAAAACAGAAACUGAAGCAACGUGGAAUCUUAAAAGAGAGGGUAUUUGGCUGCGACCUUGGAGAACAUCUUCUCAACUCUGGUCAUGAUGUCCCUCAGGUUCUCAAGAGUUGCACUGAAUUCAUUGAAAAGCAUGGCAUUGUGGAUGGAAUAUACCGUCUGUCUGGGAUUGCAUCGAAUAUCCAGAAACUACGGCAUGAGUUUGACUCUGAGCAAAUCCCUGACUUGACAAAAGAUGUAUACAUUCAGGAUAUACAUUGUGUGGGCUCGCUCUGUAAGCUCUAUUUCCGAGAACUCCCAAAUCCUCUGCUCACCUAUCAGCUCUAUGAGAAAUUUUCAGAUGCUGUGUCUGCUGCUACAGAUGAAGAACGAUUAGUCAAAAUCCAUGAUGUCAUCCAGCAGUUACCCCCACCUCACUACAGGACUCUGGAGUUCCUAAUGAGGCAUUUGGCUCACCUCGCUGAUUACUGUGCCAUCACCAACAUGCACACAAAGAACUUAGCGAUUGUCUGGGCACCAAACCUACUGAGAUCAAAGCAGAUAGAAUCUGCUUGCUUCAGUGGAACGGCUGCUUUUAUGGAGGUGCGAAUUCAGUCAGUGGUUGUGGAAUUCAUUCUCAAUCAUGUGGAUGUCCUUUUUAGCUCCAAACUAAGCUCUGUGAUUCGAGAAAGUGCAGGUCACAGUUCCUUGUCACGGCCGAAAUCCCUGCUGGUGUCUUCGCCCUCCACAAAGCUGCUCACCUUGGAGGAAGCGCAAGCAAGAACUCAGGCCCAGAUAAACUCCCCAAUCGUGGCAGACAGCAAGUACAUUGAAGUGGGUGAAGGACCUGCUGCUCUGCAGGGAAAAUUCCACACGAUCAUAGAUUUCCCAUCUGAAAGAAAGAGGCCACCCAGUAAGAUGAAGAAAUCUCCUGUUGGCAGCUGGCGCUCCUUUUUCAACCUGGGGAAGUCGUCUUCUCUCUCCAAACGGAAGCUGCAGCGUAACCCAAGUGAACCCUCCGAAAUGAAGGCAAUAGCCCUCGCAGGAGGACGAGGAGACAGUGGGACCCUGCGCUCAGCUAAGAGUGAAGAGUCCCUCUCAUCUUUACAUGCUAUAGAUGGUGAAUCUAAACUGUUUCGACCCCGAAGACCAAGGUCUAGCAGUGAUGCAUUGUCUGCUUCCUUUAAUGGGGAGCUCCUGGGAAACAUGAACCGCUGCAAUUCCUACGAUAACGUGCCCCAUGACCACGAGAGUGACGGGGAUGAGGGUCAUAUCCACGUCCCAGCCCUCAUCUCUCCAAGGUCAGCAGAAGACGUUGACCUGAGCCCACCUGAGAUCGGUGUGGCUAGCCUGGAUUUUGAUCCCAUGUCUUUUCAGUGCAGCCCGCCCAAGGCAGAGUCUGAGUGUCUCGACAGCAGCACCUCCCUGUUGGAGUCAGUGGACUUUAAUAAAGAUAAGCAAAACACCUUUAGGAAGGAACUAGACUCGGGCAGCCAGUCACACACCCCUGGCAGCGCCACCAGCUCAGAACCAGUUUCCCCCUACCAGGAGAAGACCAUGAGUCCCUUCUUCACUCUGGACUUGAGCCCAACAGAAGAGAAACCCUCCAAACCCAUAUCUUUCUCGGAAAAUGUCGCCCAUGCCUUCUCCCCCAAGAUGGGGCGAAAGCCAUUCAAGUCUCCGCCACUGAGUUUGUUGGAGCCAAUCUCCUUUGCCAUGCCCAGCCACAUGCCGGAUGUUGUCAUCGGAGGGGGAGCAGGGAGUGCAGGUCCUCCAGACUGGGCCAAAGGGAUGUCUGGCACCAGUGAAGCCACAAGCAGGUCCCCACCCCACCUGGUGGUGUCCCCCUUGAAGGCCACUGAGGGGAGAGCAAACGAAGGAUGCCAGCUGGAGUUCCAGAGUCAAGGAGAUGCUAAGAAGCCGGAGCUUCUGGAAGAGGUGGAGCAACCCCUGAACAGCAGCCAGAGUAAGCCUGUACCUUCUGCACAGACACAGUCAGGAGCAGUUGCCCUCGACUCCCCCCAGGAUCCUGUUCCAGUCAAUUCUGUCUCUGUUGUCCCUCCUCCUCCUCCUCCGAAAAACGCUGCACGCAUUCUAGCCUUAGCCCUGGCAGAGUCUGCCCAACAAGCCUCUGCUCAGUCCCAGAAGAAGCCAGACGUUCAUUCUGACUGUACCGGUGUGGCAGAGACUGAAAGCGGAGGAACUGUAGAAAUGUUCCAUCCGUGUUCUGGCAUCACUCCAGAAAAGCUCCACCUCUAUGCUGCUUUGCCAGAGAACCAGCUCACUUUUCAGGCAGCUGCACUUGGAGAGCACCACAGAAGUGGGUUACCUGUAGACCAGGCAUCUCAAAUCAGUGGCAUGCCUGAGGGGAGCAAUCACUUACAUGGCACACCUGGAAAUCGGGACCACCCCCUCCUCCCUCCUGAAAUGCCUGGGGAUGUUCACAGUGGCACUAACAUGAGCUGGGACCACACUCACUUCCAUCCUUGUAUGUUGGGAGACAACCACCACCUUGCUCAUUCUGUUACGCCUGAGGACCAGAAACAACCCCCUCCUCCUCCUCCUCCACCACCAGCACCUCAUCAUCACCAUCAUCCCUGUACAAGAGGAACAGUUCAAUCAGAACCACCUACAGCAGAGAUACCCAUGGAGAACCCUCAUCUCCACACUUGCCUCCCUUUGGACAAGACCCAAACUCAUGCCAGCAAGCUCCACUUUCCUGUCUGCACAGCAGACAAAGCCCAGUUCCCUCCUGUCACUGCUGGGGAGAAAGCAGCUGCAACCGUCCUGGCAUACAUGAUGAUAAAGAACCAGACGGCAGCAACAGAAACAGAUCCUGGAGUACUCAGCCUGAAUAUUCCUCCUCAGCCUACCACAGUCACCAGCAACAGCAGCAGCACAUGGGGAGAAGCACCCCUCAUGGCUGCUCAGCAUGCUCUGCCUAGCAGCCAGCAAGCUCCAGUGCACAGACCAGGGGACCAUCAGCCAGCUGUGGGGCAAGCCCCAGCUGCAGCCACAAAAGCUUCCAGUGGCUUCAGUCAGGUACGAGGAGAUGCACCUCCUGAGAAGCUGCCCGAGCCUAGAUCAGCUGAGCCAGCCCCCAUUUUCGUCACCGAGGGCAGUGCCACGAUCCAGUGCACUUCCGCCACCCCUCAUGUCACGCUUCACCCAGGCCACUCGGAAAAGCCUCGAGAGAAUGCCAGGGCCCCCCCACUGCAGCUGAGGUCUGAAUCAGUCCCAGCUCAGCCCUCCUAUGGAUUUACACCUCCGGUGCCACCCGUGAGGACGAUGGAGAGUAAAAUUGCAGCAGCCAUGCAUUCAAACAACGUGGACCCCAUGAAUGCUGCCAGUUACCACUCCUUUGUGGCUGCAUCCACACUGCCGCCACCCGUGGAGGAAGCUCCGACCCCACCUCCCCCUCCGAAACACACCUCUCUUCAGUCUGCCUAUUUCUCCCACUCCAAGCCAGAGAGCUCCCCCGAGCCCCCUGUGUCAGAGAACUAUGUGCAUCACAAGCCUACAUCCACCCACCAGUACAGGGCUGAAAGCAUCCCGCCCCACCUCUACCACAGCAAGUCUGAGCAGCACCCUGGCUACCCAUCGCUGUCAGAGACCCCCACGUCCAUGGGCCCCAGGUACAACACCUAUGCCACUCAAGGGAAGAGCGCGUCCGUCCAUCACGCCAAGCCUCGCAGCCGAGUGGAGUACAUGUCCUCCAUGAGCCCCACCAUGAGGAGCACGAGUUACGUGGAGGAAACGCCCCCCUACCCCUCCAUCCGGAGAGUGCACUCGCUCCACGUCUCUGCUCCCUCUGCCAUCCGGUCAGUCCCCAUCUCACGCACCGAGGUGCCUCCUGACGAUGAGCCCUUGUAUUGCCCAAGGCCCCUCUACCAAUAUAAGCCAUAUCAGCCCCACACAGAUUACCAUGUCACUCAGCUGCAGCCUUACUUUGAGAAUGGGCGGGUCCAUUACCGGUACAGCCCCUAUUCCAGCUCCUCCGGCCCCUCCUGUUACUCGGCGGCCGACGGUGGGUUUUAUGACCUGGACCCUUAUGGCACGAUGAGGCUGAGGCCACUGCACCCACUCCCGGGCAGAGACUUCGCGUCCUACUCCCGACUACAGACCAAGAGUUUGUAUCGCUGUCCUGGCCUGCCUCCCUACCCCCGAGGAGGCCUCGCUGGACACCUGGCAGGCAAGGAGCACAGUUUCAUUAGCAGGGAUGUGCCGCCUGCACCUGACGCCAAGCCCAUGUACGUCUCCUGGGACUUGGAGGACAUGGAGAAGUACCGGAUGCAGUCCAUCCGCCGAGAGAGCCGUGCACGCCAGAAAGUGAAAGGGCCUGUCAUGUCCCAGUAUGACAACGUUGCCCCUCUGCUGCAGGACGAGCUGCGGACUGUGGACGUUGUUCACCUGCGCAGUAAAUCCGAUCCUGGGAAAACUGGACUCCUCACGGUUGCUGAUGGAAAGGAAGGGAAGUAUCCGGGAAAAGUAGUGCCCCCUGAAGGGGAGGAGCGCUAUUAUGUGCCACAUCCAGAACCGGAUGUGGACAGAGCCCAUUACCACGGAACCUAUGGGAAUGGGCAAUCAGAGAAAGCGUCACUCCCUCAAAAGCAAAGCAGCCUCAGGAGCAGGAAGCCGCAUGAGGCAGGUUGCAAUUCGUCUGAGCACAGGAUGCACCUGCCCCAUGAAGCCAGCCACAGGCAGCCACUGGAGUCUAAAAACGGGCCCCCUUAUGCUGACUACCGACCAAAGGGCCACCAGGAACCACCAGAAUCCACCGGGUACCAGCACUCUGGUGGGAAGUAUGCCCCAGCCAGCCACGAUGCCUUGAGACUGAACCACAAAGAGGUGAAGCUGGCAGAGGACAGGCCUGAUAUGGAGAGACAUCGGGCCAGGCCGCCUGCCACUGCUGAGAAACACGCCCGGGACUGUUUUAAAGAGGGCGACUAUGGACAGCCCGCAGCACCACCCCCUAAGCCGGAACGGAGCCACAGCCUCCGGCUCCAGCACCCCGAGAGCAUAGAGCGGGACGCUGCCCUCAUCUACCCGUACCAAACGCUUGGCAAGCGCCAAAGCACUAUGACGGUGGUGUCCCAGUACGAUAACUUGGAUGACUACCAUACCAUGCCUCAGCACCAAAGAGGGGGUUACGCUGCAGGAGGGGGCUUGGUCCCUCCCUUGGCUCAUCCACAUAGUAGGACUUACGCCACAGCCUUGGGCCAGGGAGCAUUCCUGCCCACAGAGCUCUGCCUGCAGAGGCCCGAGACUGAGAUCCAUGCAGAGUGAGCUCCGUGGCAGAAGGGAUAGAGUGUAAGCAGCCUCUGCUGGACAGUGGACUGGUUUAUUUUUUCAGUGAUAUACACACACAAAGUACCCCAUCGAAGCAACUCCCUCUCCAUUAGCGCCCCCUCAGCUCCCCCCCUCCUGCCCCCAUGCUGCUUACUGUUUUUUAUAUCGUAAAUGUAUAGUUUUAUCUCACAUGGUCUAAAAAGUAGGUUACAGCAGUCUUGCGGGCUUUUGUUAAGCUUGAAGACAAAAAUCAGUCUCCGGGCAAAGCAGAAACAGAGAUUGAGAUUCAGGGGUCAUGGUGUAAAUGGUUCUCACUUUCCCUAGAUUUUGAACAGUGGCAUUUCCCAUACCUUUGACACUUUGCUACAGAGCCCUGUGCAUGAUGUAUGUAUUGAUAGGAUGAUGCAGACAUUUCUUCUCCAGGUAAACUUCCCUUGUAUGUGAUCACUAGAGAGAGAUUUAUUGAAUGGCAAGAUUUAGUAAAUAUUUUAAUUUGGUUAUUUUAGGCUUAAUGCACUAAACUCUGGGAAAAGACUCACAUUAUUUCUUCCCUUCUGCAAUCCCAGAUUUUAUUUUAUUUUUUAAGCAAUGGUACCUUUCUGCUAAAAUGUUCUUCCAGUGCUUCUUAGAUCCAACCUAAUAAGAAAUAUGUCCACUGAUAGCAGUAAGAUGUGACCCUACUGGUAGCCGGGAAAGAGGUGUUACCCAGGUAAAUUCUUUUUUCUUAAAAGGUAAAGGUUAAACAAAAAAGCCACAACAAACUACUUGAUCAAAUAUUGAGAAAUCCAGGGUGGGGGUCUGGGGAGAGAGAAACUCAGCAUUGAUAUUGUUGUAAAUGGUGCUUUGGUUUGAUAAGCGAGAGCUGCAUUUCUUAGCUUCUUACAGCAAGUGCGUUUCCUAUAGCAGAUCCUUUCUGCUGGGUGAGUCUAAGUGAAAUGGUGAAGUGGCAGAAGAGUUGGGCUCUGGCCCACCACCCAGGAAAUUCAACAAGGCAGGCCUGGGAGAGAUAAGCUGUUUAACCUCCCUGCUACAUAUCAUUCCCGUGAGCCUAAUCUCCGCCAUCAAUUAACAAAGUAAAUCUGUAGUUCUGCCUGGCUGUUCCCUGAUCAUUGCUGGUUAUCUAUGAGUCGUGACAAGGGCCUGGGCAUGUAAGUGUGGAUAUAGUGACCAAGUCCUCCACCAUAUGCACCUCCCUCAUCAUGUCAGUAAGGCAAACCAUACUCUGUGAAUUUAGACUGGUGAUUCUCCACACGCUACCGUUGAUGCAUCAGUGCAUUGUUAUCUCCCAUGUUUUGUUUUUGUUUUUUAAAAAAGAUCCCUGUGGAAGCAAGAUAGUGUAUUAGUUUGCUUUUCUAGUGAAGUUAUAUGAAUAUGCAGUGCUUUUUAAACAUGUUGACCUUGCUGGAACAGGAACCAAUAGAUGCCUCAGGAUUCCCACUUCACCUUUAAGAGUCAGAGCAAUGAAGGCUCUUGCCAUGCAGCCACCAUGGAAACACGUGACAUUCCAGUAGGCAAGACGCAGUGGGUUUUGCUUGGUUUUUACGAACUUGAAAUGAGAUGCAGAAUAUCCAGAGCCCAGCCCAAGGUGCAGUGUGUUUUCUUGUUCUUGAAUGACGAAACUCUGUAGCAGGGCUGAAGUCCACAAGAAGUAUCCAGCUGGGGCAUCUCUCUGUCCUAGGCCCUUUCCGCUAGCACCAGAAGAAAGGAAUUGGAUCAAACCACCUUGGACCUGAAGUUUUUGUCCAACAGCAUUCCAUCUUUAAAAUGAUAAGAGAAAUAUUUUACAGGGCACAAAGCACUUCUCAAAGACAGCUUGUCAUUUCGUUCUUUGGAUUUCCCAACUUUGUCUGGGGUUGUUACAAUAAGAAUAGCUUGUCUCUCUUGGUUUUGAUUAUUUUCAUGAUUUGGUAAUUAUUAUUUUAGGGGCAUCGCUCCUGACUGUGUUAAAUAUAAAUUUAGUGGCCAGAAAACUCACUGUGAACCAGGUUUACCUCAGCCUCCGCCCCCUGCCCUGGUAAGGAAGUUCAACAAUUUUUGUUUUGCAGUUGAAAGGAGAAAUCUCUAAAUAGGGCCAUUCCAGUUUGGCACUUGUAUGGAGCAAGCUUGUUUUGCUUUCUACAAGCGAUCAAAUUAGCUGUCCUCCUUUGUGCAGACUAGCAGAAGAAGCCUUGCUGUGGCCUCCACACACUUCGCUCAAGGUCCAUUUGAUUUUGGCAUCCAGCCAUGUAAAGUUCUUCAGCCUCUUGCAAUGGCUGUGUUGCUCUCUAUUGAGGUUCUGUCCAGAGUUCCAGCAGGCACAUUCCAUUAUGUUGAGAAUAUUUUGAGGUUCAGGUAGUGAGAGCUACAGGACAAACCUCUGUCUUCAUGAAAGCCUUAAUUUUCCUUGUAUCCUCUCCAUAUAUCAGCCUUAUAUUAUCUGCCCUCCAGGUAAGAUCCGCCCAAGCCAACUUCCUGUAAAUCAUAAUACAUUGUGGCAGCGCUAAGCAAACUCUGAAAUUUCCCUUAGCUCACAAAUCCCAUACCCCCGUAGAGAUAAAGUGCCCACACAGGUUAGAUUUUGAAUUCUACCACUUUCUAUAAUUCCCAUAACAGUACUUAAACAGCAUACUUGAGCCCCCUUAGCCCAGGCAUCCCCAAAACAUCAGGAGGCCUGAAGUUUGGGGAUGCCUGCCUUAGCCAAACCAUUUUGUCAGAGCAGUUUCAAAAUCAUGACAUUGAAUUUUAUCACCCCUCACUUAAUCCACUUCACCUGGCUCUGUUUAUGUCUAAAUCACCAACAUGACUUGGAGGCUGUUGGUCCAGAAAGUGUUGUGCAAUGGUGUGGCAGUACAGCCUUGAGUGUAAAAGGAAGCGAUUAAAUUCGGAACGGUUUCCUAAGCUUGAAGGAGCAGUGACAAUCGCCCUCUUUCUCUGUGCAUUUUUGCCACUUGAGUAGCUAGUACAUUUAAAAAACAAAACAAUACCCUCUUUCCCUCACCUAAGAAAGCCAUAAAAUUAACUAUGCAGUCCGUCUCAUGUGCUGUGGUUAAUUUUGGGACUCUCUAACCAUUAGAGAAAAGUCUCUUGCCCCAUUCCAUGUUUCUGUGUGUUUGAACCCAACCACAGCUCUGCUCCCACCACAGAGGGAAUAGCGAGCGGGAAGGAAGUGGUCAGGUAACCUCUCAUACCAGUGGAAGAGUAGCAGAAUACCUGCAAGGGAAGACAGGCUAAAUGAGGAAUGCAACUUAAAUCAGCCAUAAAUUCCAGCCCUUUGUCACCUGUAGCAACUUGACCUCUGGGCUCACCUGGUAGGUUUUUUGCUCCAUUUUGUCACUCACUGCCUUUACCUUAAUUGCCAUUUGCUGAACUUUCAGUGGAGCUUGCUUUUUUCCACCAUUGGAUAUCUGAAUUUUAAUUUCCCUUGCAGUUAGGGUGCAUGCACCUUAACUCCUGAGUUUCCCUGUCUGUUCGGAGGGGAAUCGGGUCCUGCUCAUGAUAGGCACCUUGAGCAGAUCUAGCAGGUACUUCUCAUUUCCCUUCCUGGUUCUCCUCCUUCCUUAACCCUGCUUACUCCCCAGUCUGCACCUGUUUCCUCCUGCUCCUCCUCUGUAAAGUUCUUCCUCUUGCUGUCCUCGCUUCUGCAUCUACUGUACCCCCCACCCCCAGUUUCCCACCUCACGCAGCUCCACUCCUGGCCCAGACAUCUCCUUGUCCUGUCCAGCCGGGUAGUUACGUAGAGGCAGCAGCUACCAGCCACACCCCUCACAAUCAGGUUAAAAUUUUAUGCAGAGGACAGUGAAAACAUUGUGCCUAUGUCUUUGCAGACAAAACCAGGGAGGGGGCUUAUUCCUUGGGGGGGGGUCUCAUCAAGAAUUGCACAGACGUGGCAGAAAUUGCCACACAAAGCCAAAACCCACUUUGAACUCUGAUCCCUUUCGGAAGAGCGAGUUUUGGGCCCUUUCAUACUCUCCCCCCACCCCACCCCCAGUUCACCUCCUUAGGUACGUUGAUGACAAAGUGUUGACCGACUGCAGUGUGACAUUAUAUGUCAGGGAACAGAGUGGUAGGUUCUGGGUUUCUGUUUUCCUUUCUAAAGGUGGUUUCGGCAUGACAUUUUCUCCAGACCCUUGUGCUAUGAAAACUGAGGCGAUGGGCAUGGAAGAGUUUAACAUGUGCUCAGUAACUUCAGUGUCUUCAGUAAGUUUUCUAGUGCGUAGUUCCAGUGCAAAACGAACAAGAAAUGGUUGUUGUGCCGUUUAUUUUCCUGCUGUGGAAAACUUGAGUCAUUUUUGAGCCACAUGAGAGAACCAUCCCAGGGAAGUCUUGGGUGAUCUCCAAGUGUUUUCUUCUCUUUAAUUUAUAUAGUGUCUUAUUUUUUAUUCUCUCUUCUUCUUUUUACACUUUUGUGUGUGAAAACUGGUGUAAAAUGUAUAUGCCGAUGAACUCAUGCUCUUUAAUGUAAAUAUUUUUGUGGCACUCCCACCCAUUCCUUGUAAAUACUUACCGGUAGAUUCUCAUUUUCUCCACAUUGUUAAGGGGUGGGUGUGCUCAGUUUAUUUUUAUUUUUAAUUUUUUAAUUUGUACUGUAAUGCUAUGAUCAAGAGUUGAGGUGUCUUGUGCUAUUAAAACAAACAAAACUAACAGUCCCACAAAAGUCAGAUGUACAACUCAACAAUUAAUGAAGCCAGGUUAAAACCUA